AUGAUUGUAACAUGUUGUAGCCUCAUUGUGUUAUCAUUCCACUCAAAGUGUCGAGACUUCUGGGUGAACCUAGAGGAUGGGUCACACAUUUUCCCUGUCAGUCAUAAACCAUGGCAAACAGUCACGACUCACAACAUGCCACCAACUGAACAAAAAAUACGACAACCAUUGCAGCCUCGUGUAUCACCGACGAGCCGGAGCACACGACAAGUGUCUCGAGGUGAACACGUAGGGCAAGCCAUGCCUUUUGGACACAUGAAACAGCUUGUAUCUAUGAGUUUCCCAUGUCUCGCCACCUUGCCACAGCCAGUCACUCGACAGUCAUGGGGAGUUCCUGCGACGUGGCACACAUUGAUCUUGUGCGCUCUGGUUCAUUCCCUAGUUACAAACAUUGCCCUGUGGCAAGUCUCCAGCAAUACUCACUUUAAUGCCGUACGUGAAGGCUCGCGCUCUGCUCAAGAUGCGAAUCGAACGGCCAGUUUUUCAAAGAGCUUCCUGUUUAGGAAGGGGUUGUGGUCGGGCUGGUCACACUGCUGCCGGGCAACGCUGGGGUCUCAACUGGCUGGAAUCGGCGUGCUUCUGUGGGUUUGUGCCUGA